AAUCGUCUCCAUCCGAUUCGGUACAUCGAGAGACCAAGGAGCUCAGAUAAAGAUGCUCGGCGUCUCAGGCUCAGCCGGCUGAAAACCUGGCUCUGGGAGGAAUUAGACUUGCAUUAGACGUGCUCAUUUAGAAUCAGGCAGCUCUCUGGUUGAACAUGGAGAUGAAGAAGUCUUUUUCAGACACUGAGCGUGCGCUUAGGAGCUACGGCGCCGUGUCGCAAACGGCGUGGACAACGGACAAAGGUCACUGUGACGUGUCCAUGGCCGAGAGCACCAUGUGUCCAGAAGAGAUUGAGAUGGAGAUGGCUCGGAUCCAACGCCUUAGGGAGGUCUUGGUGCGUCGGGAGUCUGAGCUGCGCUUCAUGAUGGACGACAUCCAGCUGUGCAAAGACAUCAUGAGUUUAAAACAGGAGUUGAGACAGAUUGUUGCAGUACCAGAGAAAGAUAAAAACAACAAAGACAAACAGCAGGAAGAGGAACUGAUUCUCAAGAUCCAUAAACUGGUGCAGAAGAGGGAUUUCUUGGUAGAUGAUGCAGAAGUGGAGAGAUUAAGGGAGCAGGAGGAGGACAAGGAGAUGGCAGAGUUCCUGAGACUAAAACUGAUGCCACUGGAAAAUAACCUCAAAGUCAAACAAAAUCCUCCAAAGCUCAAAAGGCAAGUCCCAGAGCCUCCGCUGAACAAACCCUUCGUCAGCAAAUCAGGUGUGGCUAUCAUUAAGGACUGCUGUGGCGCCACCCAGUGUUCCAUCAUGUAAUUGCCCACCCCACAAAUUCAGCGAACAUCACUUGGGUGAAUCGGAGAACCCCUUUAGCCUCUCUCUGCCAGCUUCAUUUAACUUUAUGUUAAUCUCUAAAGAUGUCCAUAAGUCAGAUUUGCAAUGCAAGUAAAAAAAUGUCAGAGAGGCCAGUGUUUAUUUGUUAAGAAGUUCAAGAGGUAGACUGUAAUUCCCUGUCAAUUUACGGUUACCUUUACACAAACUCAUUUCCUUCUGUGGAAUCAACUCUGCUAUUGACUAAACAGACCACUCAACUGGUUGCAGGUUCUCUUCCCCCAACAAAUCGUCAAGAAAAAGUAUGCUUAAAUUGUACAUUUUGACUAAGGGACCAGCAUUAUGUGGUGAGGAGCAAAAUUUGGGUUUGUUCGUGAACAUAAAUGUUUUUGCCUAGAUCAAAUAAUCUGUUAUCAAUUUAUAAGAGUGAUGUAAAUAGUUUGACAGUUUAUUAAAAUGCUGAGGUAUUUUUGUUUGUGACAGUUCAUUAGUAAUAAGAAAUUCAAAUCAUUUCGCGGAAAUGCCUCACCUACAAAAAGUAUUGGGCUAAAUAUCAAGUAAAAUAUUGAACAUUUGUUUUUCUCAUACAUUAUUUCAUUCGACAGUGGCAAUCUAAUCUAGACAUGGGAAUCUGGACAAAAGCCUGAAUUAGGAUUGGUAUCUGAGCAUGUGGUGGGAUCAUUUGCAAAAGAUCCAAAUUAUGCCAUGUGGAUGUUUGCUACUUAAGCUCAGCAGCACCUACAUAUAACAUUCACAGUUGUUGUUGAUCAAUGCAACGUUAAGCUUUCAUAUGCAACUUAAAGAUUACAAACACAACCGCAAACAGUGCUUCAAGAUACAGUCAAAUAAAACCCAACUGUUUCGAUGCUAUCACUACUAUUAGCUAAUUGUUGUGCUGGUUCUUUUUCUCAGGUGAUGAAAACACUUAACUUGGCCGCUCACUAGAUGUUUGAAAAGAAUUAUUUUGAACUAUUACUGCAGACCACUUGUGUUUUUCCAGCCCUGAAGCGGGAUCAAUUUUUGCUUUGCUUGCUCACUCCUACUUGCUGCAUUGGCAUCACCAUACUGAGAAUUACAGAUUGUGUUGAAGCAACAUGAGUUUUGCUAUUGAAUAUUGAGUUUUAAGGAUGAACACUACAAAUAUAAUGCAAUCUUCUUGUAAAUACCAACUUAUUUCCAUGUAUGUUUGAGUGUAUUAUGGAUAUUUGCAUUAGCUGUUUGUCCCAUCAUCUACCUUCUGAUAACCAUAUGUAGUGCUAGUGAAUUCAUAAAGUUCCAGUUGUUGAAAAUGUAACAGAUAUGCAGAAAAAAACGGAAACUACCUGUACAUAUAUGUUUAAAUAAAUAGCACCUUUCAGGAACAUGCGGAUGAUUCUGUCUUCUUCUCAACAAAGAAACAAGUCAAAAAGUAAUACUUGCUCUGUGAAGUUUAUUAACAGAACUGUGUUGGUCCCGUUAAAAAUGUUUGACAACAACAAGUUGUGGUAAGGCUUUAAAACUGUGACAGAUGGUUGGAAGGUGUAGAGGUUUUAGGGCAAGUAAAACAACAAGGGCAGCAUUUUUUUUUUUUUCUUCCAAAUUUAAAUUCUAACCACCCCCCCUUU